CACAAACGUGCCAUUUUCAUUUUAGAUUCACACACAGAUUCGACAGGUAACUUUUAACAUGAAGUCUUUAUCUUCACCAGAGUCCCCGCGACAAAGGACUACGAGAAGGCUCUCCAAACCUCUGAUGGAGAAACGGAGACGGGAGAGGAUUAACCACAGUCUGGAGACACUGCGACUUCUGAUGCUGGAGAACACACACGAUGAGAAACUGAAGAAUCCAAAGGUGGAGAAGGCUGAGAUUCUGGAGAGUGUGGUCCAUUUCCUGAAGACAGACAAGGAGGUGGAGAGGGGUCACCGGGCCACGAAGAAAGUCCUGUCCAGGGUGCAGAGACCGACUUGUUCCCGCCAACAAAACUACCACGACGGCAUGAGAUCCUGUCUGAUGCGGGUCAGCCACUUCAUAACCAGCAAAAGCCAGAAGUCAGAGGAAACCGGUGGGGGUACAGCCCAGGCCUCUCUUGCGCAUGCCGAACCCCAGUCUCUCCCUUCCUCUCCCGGACACAUCCACGGGGCACUGAUACCUGCUCCUGUUGGUGGCUCGGCGGCUCUGUCUCCUCUGACCCACCAUCACAGCCAGCACGGGAUCUGCGCUCCAUACCAAACCCAGACUGGCAUCCACUGUGACACCAGGGAGCUGCUCUCCUCCACUGCACCCCGCGCGCACACUGACCCUGUGUGGCGACCCUGGCCUCAGUGACACUUUGACACACAUUUAUAUUUUAGAUAUGUACUCUAUGCCGGCAGACUGUGUAAAUAUGUAGUUUAUUGUACAGCCUGGAUUAUUUUGUAUAGUGAAGAUAUUUCCCCUGACAGCUCUCACAUGUAAGAUGGAGUUCCCCACUGAUCUUCAAUCAUAUUUUUUCUUUUUUAUAUUUUAGCUGUGAAUAUGUGAUAUUUUCAGAAGGCAGUGUCCGCAAGAUUUUUUUUUGUAACAAACACGAAUACUGUGUAUUUGGUGUUGCUGAAGCGCGCGCGUAAAAGCGCUUUACCUUCUUUGACUUUUACAGCUGAGAUGCUGCUCUAUUGCUGCUAUUGCUCUGAGAUGUAUAUAUUUGAGACAUGAU